CACGACUGUGCGCAAACGAAGAAAGACUUUCAGUCAAGCAGGCGAGGAGGAAAAUGAGUGGCUGUGUGCGAGAGGAGGUCGACACGCUGACCCGCGAGUAUGAGUGGCUUGUCGCCACUGAGCUCCCAUCCAUGUUCAAGGACAUUGGCCGCUUGCUGGAGGCCAUUGUGGCCCAGCUUGCGCCGGAUCCAAGGACCACGCGGCCAUCCCGAAUUCCCAUCAGUUGCCCGAAUGGCCAUCUGCGUGGACACGUGGUUGUUCUUGGGGCCUGCGUGACCCAAGCGGAAGUGGAGCGCCGCCUGCCCAAGAAGGGAAACACAUCAGGAAACCCAACAGAGUUUUCCACCCGAAUUGACUCCGACACACCUUACCAUGAGGUGCGGCAGGCCAAGCAGCCGUUCAUGCUUGGCGGGUCGAUGAAAGGGUACGUCUUCAAGCACCGCGACACGUGGAUGGUUGUUGACGCAGAGGAGAUUGGCCUGUGCGAAGUGCCCACGUUUUCUUCCGUCCUGGGCCUCCUUCACGACGCACAGCACCUCACCCAGGCCGUCACGAGUCAACUAUCUGUGUUUCAGGCACUGGAUGCAGACCUGCAGCGGCAUGGACACGUUCGCGGCCUCAACAGCCCAACGACAGUCGAGACAGCUUGACUUCGCCCACAAGCAUGUUCGUUUUAGUGCCUGUUUGUAGGUGCUCCCACCUCUCUGUCGCCCCUCUCUGCUCUAACUUGGGCGUUUCGCUCUUCAACAUCUCUUUGAAUCUCUCUCCUUCGUGUCUUCCUCUGUACAUAUGACACAGUUCCACUAAAUUCGUUUGUGGCAUUGUAUUGCUGAUGACAGUCAGUUAUCGAAGCAUCAUAACUCAAAACAACAAAAAAAGUAACGUG